AUGCGGAUCCCACAGGUGCCCUGGCCGGUGGUGUGGGCUGUGCUUCAGCUGGGCUGGCGGCCCGGAAGGCUCCUAGGUCUCCCUAAUGGGCCCUGGAGGCCCCUGACCUUCACACCAGCUCAACUCUCGGUGCCUGAGGGGGCCAACGCCACGUUCACCUGCAGCUUCUCCCAUGCGUCCGGGAAGUUCGUGCUGAACUUGUACCGCAUGAGCCCUAGCAACCAGACAUACAAGCUGGCCGCCUACCCUGAGGACCGCAUCCAGCCCGACCCCAAGAACUGCAGCCAACCUGACCGCGACCGCCACUUCCGUGUCACACCGCUGCCCAAUGGGCGUGACUUCCACAUGAGUGUGGUGGCCGUGAGGCUCAACGACAGUGGCAUCUACCUCUGUGGAGCCAUCUCCCUGGCUCCCAACACGCAGAUCAAAGAGAGCCCCCACGCGAAGCUCACCGUGACAGAGAAAGUGUCAGAGCUACCCACAGCGCACCCGAGCCCCUCCCCCAGCCCAGCGGGCCAGAUCCAAGGCCUGGUGGUCAGCGUCACGAGCGUCCUGGUGGGAGUCCUGGUGCUGCUGCUGCUGGCCUGGGUCCUGGCCACCACCUGCCCCAGGGCCACUCAAGGGCACAUUUCUGGGCAGCAUGAGAGGGCCUUUGAUUGUGCCCCCUGUGCCAUGAGCCCAGGGGCUAACCGGUGGGUGCUCCCCUCUGAGUUCCUGGUCCACCUAGGGAUUCUAACCCUUACACUGGGGCCAGGAACGGGAGGAACCAGCAAUGCUGACCAGCCCCUGAAGGAGGCCUCCUCCGCAGGACCCGUAUUCUCCGUGGACUAUGAGGAGCUGGACUUUCAGGCCCGAGAGAAGACCCCGGAGCCCUCUGUGCCCUGUGACCCUGAGCCCACAGAAUAUGCCACCAUUGUGUUCCCUAGCACUCUGGGUGUUCUGUCCCCUGGCCGCAGGGUCUCAGCUGACAGCCCUGGGGGUCCUCGGCCUCCCAGGACUGAGGAUGGACACUGCUCUUGGCCUUUCUGA